GUCUCCAAUGACAUUGAAUUAACUGAAGCAACAACAUUUUCUGAUGAAUCUACCUCAACUAUUACUACUGAUGAGUCUUGUGAGGAAGGUGAAAUUAACAGUGUAGAUGAGGUUGUUUUUAAUCAUAAUGAUAACAACAAUAUUAACAACCCGACAGAAAUCAAAUGGUCAUUUGAUGUAAACUUAAAUAACAAUCAAGUAAAAGAGAAAAUUCCUGUGGAGAAAACUUUGAUGUCAUAUAGUUUCGAUCUGGGAACUAAUACCGUUAAUAAUAAUUCAUACAAGUCAGCAGAAAAAAUUCCUGUGGAGAAGCCUUUAAUACCAUAUAGUUUUGAUCUGGGAAUUGACACUGUUAAUAAUAAUUCACACAAAACAAAGGAGAAAAUUCCUGUGGAGAAAUCAUUAAUGCCAUAUAGUUUUGAUCUGGGAGUUAAUACCGUUAAUGAUAAUUCAUACAAGUCAAUAGAAAAAAUUCCUGUGGAGAAGCCUUUAAUGCCAUAUAGUUUUGAUCUGGGAAUUGACACUGUUAAUAAUAAUUCACACAAUACAAAGGAGAAAAUUCCUGUGGAGAAAUCAUUAAUGCCAUAUAGUUUUGAUCUGGUGGGAGUUGGUGACGAUUCAACAACAACAACGCCAAGUAUUUCAGUAAAUAAAAAAGGACAAAAACAGCAAAAGAAAUGUGGUGAAUUUAGCUCAAAACCUCUACCACCCAUCAUUAAGAAUCUUGGAAAUAAAAGCAAAAUAUCCAGUUGUUUAGGAGGUCCUAUUCACAAUUUAAUUGCUUCAACUAUUAUUUUUAAAAACAAUCCUCAAAUGACACUCACUGAAUUAGUUCGUAAAUGUGAUAAAUUAACUUUACCCAGAUUAAUGAAUAAAACAAAUUUAGAAAAUUAUAGGGAGGAAAUCACUAAAAAAUUUCUCAAUGAUGGUUAUGAUGAUUUAGAGAAAUCUUUGGAACCUUGGAUUCUCGAUUUGUAA